UGUAUAAUAAAGAUACAAGCAUGUUAGACGUUUCAACCACCCCUUUUUAAUGGUUUGUUCCGAUGGCUAUAUAUUCAGUGCAAGGCCAUCAACUACCCCGUGCUGCUUUCGGUUGCUAAGGAGACAAGGUGGGCAGAUGAGAUGAUGAAGCUGUUGAUGACAUUAUCUCAGUGAGGUUGGAAGGGUCAGUCUGGCCAGUUGAGGUGGGGAGGGGACACCACUAACCUCCCCAGCAGUCUGACUGACAAGCGCCACCCCUUCCUCAUUGGCAUCAGUGUGUCACCAUGGUGACUCUCAUCACAGAGCAGCUCCGCAGACAGAAUCUGGAGGAGCCCCCUUAUCGCAGGGCUUUCUCUCUUAAUGUGUCAUUGCCUGAAGUGGGUUCUAGCCCCACGGUGUGUUGGCGCGGGUAUGGGUUGACUCCAGAGAGCAGUUGGUCUAUGUUCCCAUCCUCCAAGACUCAUCUGCAGGAUGCCGUCUCUGUCCUGGACCCCCUAGGAACCCCUCUCCCCAGCACCUCUGCGACAAACAUGUCCCUACAGAACUCCCCGCCACUGCCCCCUCCUCCCCCCAAACGCCACUGUCGCUCCCUGUCCGUCCCUGAGGACCUGUCCCGCUACCGCACCCCCUGGCGCCCCAGCGCCUCCAAGAUCUGGACCCCUGUCAAGCGCCGCUGCCACAGUGGUGGGGGGGGUGGCCGGCAUGGGAGUUGGCUCCUUGGUGGCUCCGUACCCCUCCGAGGCCCCAGCUCCUCCCUCACCUCCUCCCUGCACUCCUCCUCCAGUCCCACCUUCUUCAGCCUGGCCCUGUCCCCGGACUCCCCUAUCCCUUGGAGUGUUUCCUGGGACCACUAUGACCCGCCCAGGGAGAGCUACACAGGCUUAUUCCCCUCUUCCUGCUCCUCCUCCCCGGCCACGCUGAGUUCCUGUCGGCCCCUGCAGCAGCGCCGCUUCUCUCUGUCCCCUGUGCACAUCCUGCCCCCCCAGCCCUCUCCAGCUCUAGCCAGUCGCUACAUUGGGAUGGAGGUCCCGGCCCCCUCCCCCACUCCCUCCUCGGCCUGUAGUACCCCAUCGUCCUCAAGGCGUGUCCUGCCCCUCCGUCUCCCACGCUGCCACUCUCAGCCCUGUGAUCUACGUAAGCCCGGCCUGAAGCGACGCCAUGACCCAGACACGCUCCCCAACUACACCAGGCCCGGCCUUGACUUCAGCAAGAUGACUCAGAUUCGUAGUGGGGAGCCCCUGGUGUGUGGAGCAGCCGUCUGCAUUGGUCUGGAACCUGUUUUAGGGGACUUCAGAGGAACCUUUUCACCUGCAGACCUCCUGGGAAGAACCAGCAUUGGACCGCUGAGUGAAAGUGAGGAGGAGGAAGAGAAAAUACAUAUGGGUGUGCUAGAGGCUGGACAGCAGAGUGUGUUUGAAAGAGACUGCACAGAACUGGACUUGAACCUCAUUGAGGAGAACUGAAAGAGGUCCCUGGUGCUCUCUGUGAUUGAUAUUCAUAAUCAUAUCCACAACAAACACACACACACUUUAUGUAAAUGUUUUCAAUGAAGGUAAAAUAAACAAAUGCACACCCCUGGCUGAGCCCUCAGGAACCUGCUGCCUUCCUAGGGGCCACACCAGGGACCCUUCAUAUCACUGGCUGACUGUAGACUAUAAGAAUCAAUAUUACCAUUAUUGUGAUCCUAGAGUAACUUUGACAACCUUGUGUUAUUCAGCAUUUUGGGACAAUGUAAUUCUACGUGACCAUACUCUAUGGGUAAAUGUGUAUACCCAGAAACCCAAUAGAGAUAAAGGCUAAGAAAUGAUGACUUCUGAAGGUACAAAAUAGGCACUUUUUAAUAAUCUGGAUAGUUGGUGUACGACUGAUAAAUACCAUUAUAAAAAUGAUGCAGUUAGAUUUCUGUGGACACUCCUGUCGCCGUUGUACAUUUCUGAAAGUAUGGUCAGUUGCGUUGCUGAUCGAAGGCCUCUGCAACUGUUACACAAGCAGAAGCCUGUACACACAAGCAGAAGCCUGUACACACAAGCAGAAGCCUGUACACACAAGCAGAAGCCUGUACACACAAGCAGAAGCCUGUACACACAUCUGUUUUCAUGGGUUUAUUACUACUACUUUCUGAUGCUUUUGAUUUGGCCCUGUGGAAUACCCACACCAGUAAAGGGAAACAAAGAGGGCUUUCCUCAGCUGGCGAAUGGAUCUUUACUGCUUCCUUUCCCCAUACUUCUUGGACAAUAAUGCAUUAAUUUGUUCUCCAAACCACUUAUCCAUCAUUGGAUGAAAUCAACAUUGUACAUUCAUCAUGCCUUAAGCUCACUAUAAAAAAUAAGCUGUUGCUGUUUUUUGUUCAUAACAUCCAGAUGUUUUCGCCUUGGUCGCCCAUAGAAAUGGAACCUAGAUUCUACAUUCUAUUUCUUUGGUCUCCGUUCUCUGUUUCCCACUAAUGAACAGAUCACACUUGCACUGUAAUAGGAUUUGAAUAAUUGACUCGAUGCUGCAGUUGGAUCCUAUAGGGCACAAUGUAAUAAUGUACUGUACAGUGGUCAGGUGGAAACCAUUUUGUGUGAGAAGAAACCAGUAGCGAUGCAAAGGAUUGGUGGCCUUUUGGAGAAAAUUUGUAUUGUAUGUUUUCAGAUGGAAGUUGUCCUCUUACACAAUUUGUGUACAAAUAAAGUUUAUUAGAGAAUAAUUUUGCAAGAAA